GUCUGAGGAAGGAGACGCGAGGGCUGCCGGUAGCCGCCGCCAUUUUGCUGUUGGGGGGCUCUGAAACCCGGCAGCCGCCGCCGGGACAACGCUGAAACAUCAGGCGGCGAGAUGUUGCGGCUGCGCUGUAAAGCCCGGAGCGGCUCCUAUCCGCUGCCCGGACUCACGGCGCACUCCCGCCUGCGCGAGCUCCAGGCCGCGAUCGCUACCCUCACCGGGGUCCCCGUCAAGGCCCAGCGCCUGCUGCUCGGUUUCCCCCCGCUCGGCCUCGACCUCAGCGACGAGGAGCGGCGCCUCGGGGAGCUCGGCAUCCACUCUGGUGAUACACUAAUAGUUGAAGAAGAUGCAGCCAAGCCCAAGACUGAGUCACCCAUAGUUACAAAACGGACUGUUCCUAAUUCAGUCAGGGAAGCACUCCCUGUGCUUGCUCGGAAGGUUGUUCCAGCAGAUAACUCAUGUCUCUUUACCAGUAUAUACUAUGUGGUAGAAGGUGGGGUUUAUGACCCAGGAUGUGCCCCAGAGAUGAGAAAUCUUAUAGCUCAGAUAGUAGCAAGUGAUCCAGAAUCCUAUAGUGAGGCAGUACUAGGGAAAACUAACCAGGAAUACUGUGAAUGGAUCAGAAGAGAAGAUACAUGGGGAGGUGCAAUUGAGGUUUCCAUUUUGUCUAAAUUCUAUCAAUGUGAAAUUUGUGUAGUGGACACUCAGACGGUUAGAAUUGAUCGUUUCGGGGAAGAUGCUGGCUAUGCCAAACGGGUUCUUUUAAUUUAUGAUGGUAUUCACUAUGAUCCACUUGAGCGUAAAAUUCCCAACUCAGAUAUUCCACCCCAGACAAUUUUUUCAGCAUCUGAUGACAUUGUCCUUGCACAGGCUUUGGAGUUAGCAGAUGAAGCCAGAAGAAAAAGACAGUUUACUGAUGUAAACCGGUUUACAUUGAGAUGUAUGGUGUGUCAGAAAGGAUUAACAGGGCAAGUGGAAGCCAGAGAACAUGCCAAGGAGACUGGGCACACCAACUUUGGAGAAGUGUAAAUUUUCUGUGGGGUUGGUUAUAUCUACUACCUCACGGAACAAGAACAAGCCUCCAGGUUUUUAAAUAAGCUGUAUGUAAUCAAAUGAAUCCAUUAUAAGCUUGAAAGACCUAAAUUUAAUUAUGGCUGAUGUGCACAGGUUUGCUGUGGUUAGUUUGAGAAGUUUACAAGCGUGUAUGUGUGUCAUUUUCCAACUGGCUUGGAGUGUUCUUUUCAUGUCUAAGAGAACUAGAGACAACUAUUGAUACCAACUGCUCUUGAAAGAAUCUGAACAGCUGAUGCAGGAAUUUCUCUGUGACACAACUGGUUAUGCACUCACUACUGUAGCUAGCUAGGCUUGCAUAUAAGAUUUUAGAAUCACUGAUGGAAUAAAAAUGUCAGCUUGGUUACAGAGUUUUUGAUUAUACAGUCUACUGAAGAGUUUAAGUUGGUUUCCAUUCAAAUUUGGUAAGAUUACUUGUGUCUCUCAGCUUUGUUCAUGCAAAAUGUGUGUAUUUGUUUAACUAAAGGCAGAUAAGCUACA